CCCCGACAGAGAGUGAUUGCGUCAUCGUCUUCAUUUUGGAAGCUGCCUAGGUCGUUGUAAUCCAUGUGUUGCCGUCGAGGCUUCCAUUUUCUGAGUGGUCGGCCGCGCUUUGCCUGGCCGCGGAAUCAGCCAAUCAUAGUUCAGCGCACGGGCCCAAAAUUUGUCCCUCAUUCCUGGUGCUUGACGAUAAAUACUUUCAUGCCCUCGUUUCCUCUGGCUUCGCGUAUGCUAAUCAAUGGCAAAAAUGCCGCACUCAAGUUCAGACGCGCAACGUAAUGCAACGCACUCGACGCCGGCAUUGGAGGGACGGAUCAAACUC